AUGGAGGCUGCAUAUCAAGACGGAGAUCAGAAGUUGUCGGACGAUGUCCUCGCCUACCUCGGCGAGUUCCUGCUCGACAGACCUUCGCACGUUUACGCCCUGGCUCGAGUCAACAAGCGAGUCUGGGGAGCCCUCAAGAGACAGCUGUUCGUAGCCGACGUCCACUUCACCAAGGAGCGCGAGAAGACCGUUGAAGCCGACAUAAACGAGGGGGAUGAUGCAGCUACAGUAAAGCGCUCAGAGUACGACGCAAGACUGCCCUUGCCAGACCCUCCCACGGCAUUACACUGGAGCAUAGCCAACGGCGAAACGACCUCGGCAGAACUGGCCAUCGACGCAGCGUCCACGAUCUGGCUCGGUUACUUGGAUGUGAAAGACAUGUGGGACCAGUCUCCCAUAUAUCUGGUUGCAGAAACCGGGAUGCUUCAGAUCCUCGAGAAACUGAUUGCCGGUGGCGCCUGUAUCGAGGCCGUCACCACACGAGCUGAUGGGACCCACCCAGCUCAUGUUACGCCCCUUACGAAAGCUGGAGCGUCUGCCGUGAUGCCAUUGAAGUGUCGCUUCAUCGUUAGUGAACGUCAUCCGAAGCCAGCAGAAUAUGAAGGGUGGGAUGUCGCAUCGCCCCUUUGCAUUGCCGCCUUACGCGGCAGCUUUGCGAUGGUCAAGUUGCUACUGGACGCAGGUGAGAAUCCAACAGAGGACUAUGACCCUAUAUUUCAUUGCACUCCGCUACACCUUGCCGCUCAGGUCAACAGCGUUCAUAUCAUCGAACUUCUAGUCAGUCAUGGGGCUGUCGUUGACCAAUAUGACUGGUCUGACCUGACGGCUGUGUACCGUGCAACCGAGCACUCCAAUCUAGGAAGCGCAGACCGGCUGCUAGACUACGGAGCGAAUGGCACAAACUGUUCUGAAGAUGGCAUUUCGGCUCUUGACCACACUGUCCAGAGUGACAAAAUGCUCUCGAUUACCGAGAAGAUGCACGCCCAAUGCGAAGAUGCAUCCUCGGAGGAGAUCAGCAACGCUUUCAGGAAGGCUUGCUACUCACCAAUUAAAUCGAUGCGGACGAUUAUAUUCCUUCUCGAUCAUGGAGUCCACUUGCCAUCGUCGACUCUGCACGAUCUAGUGUCGUUUGAAUAUUACCAUCCCGAGGUACUGAAAAGAGUACUAGCAACAGGACGAGCGAACCUGGACGCCCGAGACAUUGACGGCUUAACUGCUUUUGAAUUCGCUUUGAUCCACCGUCGGAGCGAUGCCGUGAACAUGCUCCUCGAGGCCGGCGCGAGAACCCAGGAUCUUCCAGUCAUCAUUCAGUAUGGCCUAAUGAUGUGGCACAACGUUCCAUGGUGA